AUGGAGACCCGCAUUGUGAAAGUUGAUGCCCAAGGGCUUGGGAAUUUCAGAGAUGUGGAGGGACCAAAGAGGUUAAGCAACUGGGAAAUCGCCAACUCCGCCUCCGGCGCAUCCAUAGCCGCCCUACGAGAUGCCGCGGAACACCUGCGCACCAGGGACACGCCCGUGGCAUUCCCAACCGAGACUGUCUACGGCCUCGGAGCUGACGCCACGAGAAGCGGCGCCGUCAAGGGCAUCUACUCGGCCAAGGGUCGGCCAUCAGACAAUCCUUUGAUAUCGCACGUCUGCGAUUUGGAUAUGUUGAGGGGGCUGCUGCAGUCCGAGAAGCAGACCAACGGCGAUGCGUCAAAGGACCCGAUUCCGGAAAUUUAUAAACCGCUCAUCGAAAAGUUCUGGCCUGGACCCCUGACGAUCCUGCUGAGGAAUCCAGAGCCGAGCAAGCUCGCUCCCGAAGUCACGGCGGGUUUGGCGAGCUUUGGUGUGCGGAUGCCGUCCUCGCCGCUGGCGUUGACGCUCAUCAAGCUCGCCAACGUGCCGCUGGCGGCUCCCUCCGCCAACGCAUCUACCAAACCGUCUCCCACGACAGCACAACACGUUUUCCACGAUCUGGAAGGGCGCAUCGAGCUCAUCUUGGACGGUGGGGCUUGUCAGGUCGGUGUGGAGAGCACCGUCGUCGACGGUCUCUGCGACCCGCCCGUCGUCCUGAGACCGGGCGGCGUGGGCAUGGAGGAGCUGCGAAGUUGUCCCGGCUGGGAGGGCGUCGUCAAGGCGUACAAAGACGAGAGCGAGAUGGGCAAGUCGACGCCGCGGGCCCCUGGGAUGAAGUACAAGCACUACAGCCCCAAAGCAAAGGUGGUGCUGUACGAGUGGGCUUGCGAGGCGGGGGCUGAUGGCAUCAUCGCCGAGGAUCUGCAAAAGGCGCUCAUCCAGCAGAAUGGCGACGUGACCGCUUCGAAUGGCUCAGGGCCGAUUUCGCUCAACAUUGGCAUCAUUCGCACGAGGAGGUGGAAAAUUGCGGGUGGUUUGCACCACGGCGCGUUGCAGGUCUCAAAGGUCCAUGUUGACGGGGCCACGGAGGCCAAUGUGAGGGACGAAGCAGCGUAUGAGGUUCAAGAAGGCGAGCUCCAGGACGCAGAGAAUAAGCCAAUGGCGACGAUUCUCGACAUAGACCUGGGUGACGGCAUCAAGGGGAUCGCUCAGGGGCUAUUCUCAGCUCUUAGGGAUCUGGAUAGAAGAGGUGCCAGCGUUAUCUUCGUAGACGGCAUCGACGACAGAAAUGACAUUGCAGAAGCGGUAAUGAACAGGCUCCGCAAGGCGGCCUCCGAGAUCCGAGCAUAG